GUAUCUCCCAACUGUAGCCAACAUGAAGUUUAUGAUCAUCGCCGCUUUGGCCGCUGUGGCCUUCGCCGCCCCCCAGUACAGCUACGGCCCUCCCGAAGGCACAAGCGAAGAGGUCGCUGCCCCUCGGAACAUCCCUAUUACCCCAAUUGAAGAGUCCAGUGAAGAGGUCGAGGUGGUGCCUAUCCUGAGGGACGACCGUGUCCACGAAGAUAAUGGCAAGUACAGCUUCGACGUAGAGACUGGCAAUGGCAUCGUCCUGUACCAGUCUGGUUCUCCCGACGGUCCCGAUGGAGCUGUGGUUAAAGCUGGAGAAUACUCCUACACUGCUCCUGACGGCACACACGUCGUUGUGAAGUUCGUCGCCGACGAGAACGGCUACCAGCCCCAGUCUGACCUGCUGCCAGUGGCUCCCGCCUUCCCCCACCCAAUCCCUCAAUUCGUGCUGGACCAGAUCGCUUUCGCUGCUGAGGAGGACGCUGCCCGCGCCCGCGCUGAGGCUGUUGCUUCUUCAGAGGAAGUCAGCGCCCCUGCCCCCUACUACGGCGCUCCUCAGUAGCGUUUAUCAUGCGAGAACUUCAGGAUUUAUUUAUUAUUUAUAUAUGUGAACAAAAGAAGUAAAUUAAACAGAUAAUCAAUUAU